AUGUACGUGAAGCUAAUUCUCCUCCUGGGCUCCGUGGGUCUGGUCCUCGCUGGUACGAAGCCAGUGAAGGAUGCGCGCAAGGCCCGAGGAUAUGCCCCCAACUACGAUGACGCUGUCCUGGGUGACUACACCCUGGUGAGCGACUACGUGCAGCCAGUGGCUCGCGUGGACAGCCAGGCGGCGCACUCGCACCAUGCCCUUCCCUCCAAGCCCGGUUUCAGCGUGGGAGGUGGACUGGUGUCCAUCGCCCGGGGCUCCGCCGAUCAGGCACGAACGGCCCUCGGCAGCCAGCACUCGGCCGCGGGUCAGGCCGCCUACGUUGCCAAGAACCAACUCGCGCAGAGCGCAGCACAGAGUGCGGCCACUGCCAAUGCCGCGUUCGCGGGCAAGCAGAUCAUCUUCCUCGGACUGCAGCAGCAGUCUGCUGACGCGCACACCGCUGUGGACGGGGAGAAGAGGCAGCUCGAACAAGCUGCGAGGGCUGCCCAGGCGGCGAGGAACGCCGCGCAACAGGCCAUGCACCAGGUCCAGGUUAUCACUGCUGCACUGAACGCUGCGCAAGCCACUCAAGAUCACGCCGCUCAAGCAGCCGCCGAAGCGGCCGCUGAACUCGCCGCGCAAACCACCAUGUUGGGACAGGCAAAAGCUCGCGCCCAGUCAAUUGACGAACAGCUUGAGGCGGCACGCAUUGACUUCGAGGCCACGCAAUCGGCAAGAGACAAAGCCCAGGCGGCCGCUCAACAGGCGCAGAAUAACGCAGCAGCGGCUGCAGCCCACGCAGCGGAGAGUGCCGCCGUCAACCAUCCACAAUUAUCCGUAGCCGAAGAGGAGGACGGCCACCACACAGCCGUUGCCGCCAAGCUCCAGGCCGACAGCCACGAGGAACUGGCCCACCCACAGGCUUACUUACCGCCACCCCAAUACGAGGACGUUGAUCAUGAACAGACUCUUCUCAUCCACAGGAAUUCUCUUCAGUCCGCUCCACCAGCACUCUUCCAAGCUCACCAGGGUGCACACGACCACGCAGAUGAAUACGACUACAAAGGAUACUAUUGAUGCUU